AUGGCUAAGACUUAUGGAAUUGGAUUCAAAAGCGUGUUUCUUGUCAGUGCACUACCGCACGUAUUUAGCAAUGGGUACCGAAUUAGAUUCAGUGAAAUACCCAAUCCAGAUUGUGCCAUUGGGUACAUUGUUCCAGAGUGGGUUUCCACAAAACCAAGUUAUUCAGACAUACAGGCCAUUUAUGGGUCUGGCAAGACUCUGCCAAACACUGUGAUUAUUCUCCCUUUAAAGCCAGAGAAAGUGGAAGCUGUGAAGAAACAACUAUCAGAAAUUCAUCCUGAAGUAUUGCUCUUUUUGAACAAGAUCAAGCGAUUGUCAAUACAAGAAAGCAGUGGUGAAAUUUGCAUUGCAGACUCUAUUUCUGCAGUUUCUAUCUCUACUGAGACUAAUCUUGUCUCAUUAAAGACUCUGGUAGCAGACUGCCGUGUAGUCUAUCUUUCAGUUCAGGAGGAAGCAGACACGACUGAGACCAUGUGCCCUUAUUACGUAUGGAGACAAGUUUUCCCUGUAAAACCAAAUAACGUGGUGGAUGCAAGGAAGGAUGCAAAAGAAUGGGUGAUAUCUCUGGCUUUUCCAUCUGGUGAGCGACUGAAGCGAGGGACUUCUUCCGCUGGUGUAUUUGCCUUCCUACCUACUGCAAUGGUGACUAAUUUCCCAUUUAUAAUACAGGCAGACUUCAUACUUUCAUCUUCUAGAGAAACCAUUCUCUUGGACAACAAGUGGAACUCUGGAAUCUUGGACAAUGUGCCUCACUCCUUUUGUAGUGCUUUUACUACUUUUAUGAAGUCCACUUUGACUGAAAAACACUUUUCUGUUGGUCAAGUACUUCAUUUCUUGCCUUGCCGAGAGUGUCCAUGCAAAGAAAUUAACACAGUGAGGCAAUCCAUCUCGAUAUUGUUGCAGGAAGAGUGUAUUGUUCCUUAUGAGACAUUUGUUGAUGACAAGAUAUACUUUUGUGAGCCAGCUUCCGUGAUAAGAGUCCUGCCUGAGUUCAGGAAAAUCCUGGUUAGCAUUAAAGAACACAGUGUCCUCUCUCGUGGCAUUUCUGCUCAGGUGAAGUUUGUGAUGCAUAAUUCAGUGGACCGCAACGAAUAUGAUGAUGCCUUUGAAUUUCUCAGAGUUCCUUCUGCAGGUACUUGUAAUGACUGGUAUGGGAAAUGCAUUCAAGCAUGCAACCUCACUUGUAGAGCUUCUACAAAAGAGUAUGUGGAUCUUCUUUGCUUUCUUGCUGAAAACUGGAAAAAUUUGCCAUUAAGGAGUGUCAAUACUAUACCCCUUUUCAAACACAUUACUUGGAAUGGAGAAAUAAAGUCAUGUAGUUUACAAGCAAUCAAACAAGAACGUCUAAAGAUCCAUAUUGUCUGGGACUCACAAGAACAUGCCUGGCUAAAUAAAUGGAACCAAGUGAUGGGUUGCCCAGAUGACAUUUUUUUCUUCCCUGAUACCUUGGUGGCUGCUCUGGUAGGCUGUAGGAUGGAAUACAGCCUGAAGCAAUGGUUGAUACAAAAGGUAGGUGUGGUAGUCACUACCGUUUAUAAAUAUUGUUCAGAGCUUAAAUUUUGUCUCCAGACAAAGAAAGACCCAAGACUUGCAGUUUCGUUUUCUCAUUUCAUAUAUCAUACAUGGUUGAAAAAAUACAUUCGAGAAAGAGAAAUUUCUAAAAUUUUGCAUUCAAUGACAGUUAUUGAUGAACGUGGAAAUGUAAUUUUGUGCAAGAAGACUCUUGUUCCAGCUUCUGGUAGCAAAUGGAUAAAACUGUUUAAAUCUAAUCCAUUUACAGAGGAUAAUGGCAAGUACGUUGAACUAGGGGUGGUAUAUGCCGAAGCUGCUGAAUUUGCUGGAGAAUGCACUACGGCAAAUGAACUAUUGCAAUUUUUCAAAAAGCAUGGAAAAACUUCUGAUUUGCCAGACAUAAUACCUCAGGACAUGGCGUUGCAAGUUGCUUCUAGUCAACUAAUAUGUGAGGAGGCAUUAUUGCUUCUGGACUGGCUCCGGAAUCAGAGAGCAAAUAAUUAUGAAUUUCCUGUAAGGUUCAUUGAAAGCAUACGGAAUGGGAAAUGGAUUAAAACAUAUUCAGGCUUUAAUUCUCCAACUCAGUGCUUUCUUUGUGAUGGAACUGAGAUAUCAACUCUCUUGGAGAUAGGGAGGACUCUACAGGUUUUAUCGGCUAUUGAUGAAGAGUAUUAUAUGGACAGGAUAAGAUCAUUCAAAGAUGAAUUGAUUUUCAUUGGCUUGCGGACUGGUUCUGAGGAUAUGUAUCAGCUUAUCAGCGAUCACCUUAAGUGUCUUGCUUCCUCAGCAAUGAGCAAAACAAUUGCAAUUUUGCUGCUUAGCUUUAUAAAGUACUCAAAUGACCAAAAUAAGCUUGAUGAAGACUUGUUAAAAACUGUAAAAUCAGGGAAAUGGUUGAAGACAAACAGGGGGUAUUUGACUCCUCCAGGAACUGUCUAUCUGAUGCCCAAUAUGGUAGAUGGUAUUGUAGAAAUUACAGAUCUACAUGUUGUUGACAGAAUAUACUAUCAAUACCAGCUUUAUUGUUAUAAGGAGGAGCUAAAGUUGCUAGGUGUUCUCGUUGAUCUUGAAGAUGUUUAUAAACUAAUACCAGAGCAUGUUCAAUUUCCAAAAGAUCUUUCAACUUUAACAAAAAAUAGUGCUUUUCUGUUACUUGGAUGCAUUCAGCAUUUGGGGCUUGCAGGUAAUGGUCUUGUGCAGAAGAUUAAAGAAAAACCCUGGAUGAAAACUAAUUCUGGUUUCAAAUGCCCUUCAGAGUCCCUUCUGCCUGGUCUUAAUUGGGACCACUUAUUAAAUAUUGUUCCUUUGCCUGUUGUUGAUAAAGAAUAUUACGGAAGCAGAAUUAGCUUGUACAGGGCUGAACUUGAGGCAAUUGGUGUGGUUGUAGAUCUUGAUGGGGCAUACAAAAUGCUUUCCUUUACACUCAAGUCAACAUUGUCUUCAUGCGGUUUAACCAGUGCCAAUGUGUUCUCCUUACUCAAUUGCAUCAGGUGCAUGAAUAAAACAAUGCAGUCACAAUCACUCAAUAUAAUUAGCUGCUUGUCAGGGGAGAAGUGGUUGAAGACUUGUCAAGGCUAUAAAUCUGCCCCAGAAUCUAUUUUGUUAGAUCAGAAAUGGGGAACAGUCUCCAAGAUUGUGGACCUUCCUUUCAUUGAUGAGGCAUUCUACGGUCUCAGCAUCCAUUCAUAUAAAUGUGAAUUGAAUAUGCUCGGCGUUGUGAUUAAUUUUAGUGAAGGGGCUCAUUUUGUUGCAAGAGGUCUCAAGUUGCCAAGAGAACUAGCAUCUUUAGCGCCAGAGGGUGCUCUCUCACUGCUUCAAUGUGCCACAUUGCUCAAAAAUAGCUGCAAGUCUUCCGACCACUCUACAUUUAAGAUUUUGCUCAACAAAUUAACAGGAAGCAAAUGGCUAAAAACACACAUGGGCUACAGGUCUCCACAAGAAAGUAUCCUGUUCAAUCCAGAUUGGGAAUGUUAUUUAACGCCAACAGAUGGGCCUUUCAUGAAUGAGAAGUUCUAUGUAACUCUUAGUUCUCUGGAAAAAGAAGGUCUAAAAGCCAUAGGGGUGAAGGUGGAUGUUGAAGAAGCUUGCCAUCUGAUUUCCCAAGCUCUUACGUCUCACAUUCAAACUUCUGCUGUCAUGAGAAUCUACAGAUUCCUAUACAAAUUUAAUUGGAAUCCACAGACACAGGACAGAAGCUCCUCUCAGUUAUGGAUCCCAGAUCAACAACUGGGUAAAGGAAAAUGGGUGAAAAAUUGGCAGUGUGUAAUCCAUGACCAGGAUAAUCUAUGUAAUGCUCGUCUGCAUGCUCUUGAUAAAUACUAUGAGAAGGAAUUGCUACCUUUUCUGUCAAAGGCUUUCGGGGUUCCGGAAGUUCCUUCGUCACUUAAUUAUAUGGAUAUCUGGAAUGACUGGAAGGUUACACAACAAGUGUGUACCACUAAGCUAAGCUCCGUCCUGGGGAAAAUAUCAGAAAAUUGGGAGAACUGGGGUUCAUACUCUAGAAGUGACCUCAAAAGACAGUGCACCAUGCUACCUGCAGCCAAUACUUCAGGAGUAAUUCAAUUUGUGAUGAAAGAAGAAGUUUUUAUUGCUGACGAUUUGCAGUUGAAACAGUCAUUUACUGAAGCUAGUGAAAAGCCACUAUUUGUAUGGUUCCCACCAAGGUGUUCAACAUCCCCGGCUAAAUUGUUAGAGAUUUACACAAGUCUUGGUGUUCGAAAAAUAUCUGAAGCUGUGCAGUUUGACCUACAUUGUACUGUGUCUGCAAGUGAAAAAAUUGAUAAGACAGAUUCCCUGAUUGGGAAAGCUUUGAUCAAAUUGGUGUUGGCCUUUGCAGAUAUGCCAAUGGAAGAAAAACACAAGGUUGCAAAAUCUCUCCUUGAACUCUCUAUUUAUGGCACUGAAUACCCAAUAUCUGUCCGGUAUGCUUUACAAUUACCUUUGCAGAAAAGGAAGCUAGAAGUAGAAAUUGAAAAAAUGGUGCUUUGGGAGAAGAACUCACAGAAACUGCUUGUCAAGAAAUCAUCCUGGAAUGAAGGAUGGAAAGAUAUAGAAUUCAUGGCAUCUUUUGCACGAGCUAUCUCAGAAGCAGUUCUACCUAACAGUUGGGAUCAAAAGGACAAGCUUUGCAGAAUAAUCCAAAUGGGCAUGGCAUUUGGGUUAGAGGAAGAAGCAGUGGACUCCCUGCUACGGACAGAGAAUUUGGAACUAUCUGUCGAGGACAAGGAUUUCCUUGAUUGUUCAUUUCCCUCUGGUAAGUCCUCUCCUGUUUUGCUCAAGCGCAAGACUAUCAACCCCUUAUUGCCUUCAACUCCAAAUGGUUCAGCUUGUUAUGCAUAUGAAAUUUUGGAGCUUUUCUGGUUGCAGGUUAUUCAGGAUUGGUUUUUGGAUUGUGUUGGAGUAAUAAAUGGUACACAUGUUCGUGCAUCUGUGCCACCUGAAAUACAAGGAAGAUUUCGUGGUCGCAAAGAUGGAACCACGCAAAAUGUGUUAGCUGCCAUUAGUUUUGACUUAAAGUUCACUUAUGUAUUGGCUGGAUGGGAAGGCAGUGCACAUGAUUCACGUGUGUUAAAUGAUGCAUUUGCUAGGCCAGGGGGAUUUUCAAUUCCCGAUGGUAAAUAUUAUCUUAGUGAUGCUGGGUAUGGUAAUAAAAAUGGAAUAUUGUCACCUUAUCGGAGUGUGCGAUAUCACUUGAAAGAGUUUAGUGAUCGUCCUCCUGAGAAUGCGCAAGAAUUGUUCAACCUCCGACACUCUUCAUUGAGAACUACCAUUGAGCGAGGGUUUGGAGUGGUGAAGAAACGUUUUCGAGCGUUGGAUGCAGAACCAUUUUGGUCUUUCCCAACCCAAGUAAAAGUAGUGUUAGCGUGUUGUGUGGUUCAUAAUCACAUUAUGGGGGUUGAACCAAAUGACCAUAUUAUGGAAGAUGCAAUGAACCAAAUAGAGUCUAGUGACCACCAACAAGAAACACAAUCACGUCAGGAGUCCGUCGAAGAUAGUAGAUCAUGGAAUGCUAAGAGAGAUGAGAUAUGCCAAGCCAUGUGGUCUGAUUAUGUCAGGAGUGGAGAGUAG